AUGUUCAAGAGAAUGGCCGAAUUUGGGCCUGACUCCGACGGGAGAGUGAAGGGGGUUACUAUCGUUAAACCAAUAGUUUAUGGUAAUGUUGCUCGAUAUUUUGGAAAGAAAAGAGAAGACGGGCACACCCAUCAGUGGACAGUAUAUGUAAAACCAUAUAGAAAUGAGGAUAUGUCAGCAUAUGUGAAAAAAAUCCAGUUUAAAUUACAUGAAAGCCAUGGCAAUCCUUUAAGAGUUGUUACUAAACCUCCAUAUGAAAUUACUGAAACGGGAUGGGGUGAAUUUGAAAUAAUCAUCAAAAUAUUUUUCAUUGACCCUAAUGAAAGACCUGUAACCCUGUAUCAUUUACUAAAGCUGUUUCAAUCAGACACCAAUGCAAUGCUGGGGAAAAAGACAGUAGUUUCAGAAUUCUGUGAUGAAAUGAUAUUUGAAGACCCAACAGCAAUGAUGCAGCAGUUAUUAACAACAUCUCGUUGGCUAACAUUAGGAGUCUAUAAGCAUGAAACAGAAUUUUCAGAACUUGAAGUGAAAACCAGAGAAAAAUUAGAAGCUGCCAAGAAAAAAACAAGCUUCGAAAUUGCAGAGCUUAAGGAGAGAUUAAAAGCAAGUCGUGAAACUAUAAAUUGUUUAAAAAAUGAAAUCAGGAAACUUGAAGAAGAUGAUCAGACAAAAGAUACAUAAACAGUUCUGAAGAGAACUUAGUGAUAAGCCAGACUGAAAAUAAGGUGGAUUUUAAUGGAGAAAUGGGCUUUAAUGCGAAUGUUGUGAUGUUUCUUAG